AGUCUUUUUGCUGUGGGUGCGUUUUAUAGUGUUGGUAUAAAUGUGAGCGUCAGCGUCGGUGGGUCCAGGCUGAAGGCGGGUCCACCUUAAACGGAGCAGACAUGGAGCGAACAGGGAAGAUCUACUUCUAUGAAGACAAGAACUUCCAGGGCCGAUCGUACGAAUGCAGCAGCGACUGCCCGGAGCUCAGCUCCCACUUCAGCCGCUGUAACUCCAUUCGUGUGGAGGACGGGGCCUGGGUGGUCUACGAGAGACCCCACUACAUGGGCUACCAGUACGUCCUGAUGAGGGGCGAGUACCCGCACUACCAGAGCUGGAACGGCUUCAGCGACACCAUCCGCUCCUGUCGACUCAUCCGACAUACCUCUGGCAGACACCGGAUCCGGAUCUACGAGCGUCCGGACUUCAGCGGUCAGAUGAUGGAGUUCAGUGAGGACCUGGCCAACCUGCAGGACCGCUGGAGGUACCGCCACGUCCACUCCAGCCACGUCCAGGACGGGGUCUGGGUCUUCUACGAACAGCCCAACUACAGGGGGCGCCAGUACCUGCUGGGGAAGGGCGAGUACCGGCGCCACGCCGACUGGGGGGCCCUGCACCCCUCUGUGGGCUCCAUCCGACGGGUGGUGGACUUCUGAAAAUCACAUGACCCCCCCCAAAUAAAAGCAUGACCUUUGACCUGA